AUGCCAACAUCCUUACUAGAAAAGAAAUCAGUAGCAUCACAAACAUCAACAGGUGAAGUGUCUGUUAGCCCCCUGAGAAUCGGCUCUGUGCCUCGCUAUGAGGAAAGUUCGAAACAAGAAGCACUAGACUCCCUGUUGAUUCAAAAAACUGAAUGGUCUGCAUUACAACUGAAGUCAACCUCAGCAGAACCAGAAGCACAACUGCCCAUACAGGAAAAAGAACAUAUUUGUGCCCCUUCUAGAUCUGAAAGUUUGACUUGUCCUUAUACUGGUACAACUCCUAGGACUGGUUCUGAUGGGAUGUCAAAACUAAGUUAUAGUUCUACAUCAGUGCCUAGUGUAGGUGCAACAACUCUGCCUACCACUAAGGAAAGUUUAAAACAAGUACUACAGGAUUCUUCAUUGCCGCAGAAAACUGAAGAGAAAGAAACCAUGUCAGAACCAGAGAGAGAGACGUUCAGAAAACCACCAUCAUGCACCUUUGAUGUUCCAGUUGACUAUACUGUUUCUGAAGCUGCACAUGAACAAAAGAAAAUGUCUCUAGAUCAUAUUUCUGCAGUUCCCAGUGUAGGUACAACAGUGGUCCAGUGCACAUCUGCAGAAUCCUUUGGUUCUAUAUCUACAUUAACACCCAGUGUAGAUACAACAGUGGCCCAGUACUCUCCUGCAGACUCCUUUAGUUCUAUAUCUACAUUAAUGCCCAGUGUAGCUACAGCAGCUGUCCAGUUUCCUUCUGUAACUUCACUACAUACUAUAAAACCACCUCUGCCUACUUCUGAGAGAAGUCUAAAACAAGCAGUACAGUCCCACUCUCAAGUAAUGACAGGCAUGUAUGAAGUGCCAUACAUCGCUGGUGCUACUGAGACCCACUCAUGCCACACGCCUGUACAGUCAAGACCUUCAUUUCAGCGUGUAUAUAUUUCUGCUCCACUUGAAUCUGAAGGCUUGACUUGUUUUCAUAGUGGUAAAACAACUCCCAGGUCUGACUCUGUAAAAAGAUUUAGUUCCACAUCAGUGCCCAAGGUAUCUACAAUAGAAGUUCAGCUCCCUUCUGUAAAUUCUAUACAUGCUAUAAAACCACCUCUGCUUACCUCUGAGGAAAGUUCAGAAAAAGCAACACAAGAUUCUUCAUUUCCUCUAAAAACUGAACAACCUGCAUUAAUGAUGAAGGAAAGCAUGUCAGAACCAGAAACAGAGCCAUUCAUAAGGUAUAUUUAUCGACGACCACCAUCAGACAUUUUUGAAGGUCCACUUGAAGAUGUUUCCACAGCUAGACAUACUCUUUCAAAGACUACAGUAAAGGAGUCUAUAGAAUGUGCCAUCAAUGAAACAGCCGUUUCUGAAGUUCGACAUGAAGAACAGAAGAUUUCUCUAGAACAUUUUUCUGCAUCUAGAUUAAAGCUAGGUUUAAAAGAAACACUACUGGACUCCCCAUUGCCUCAGAAAAGUGAACCUUCUGUAUUAACUGCAGAACCUGAGCGAGAGCUGCUCACACACUCACACUCCCAAGUACUGGCAGGCUCUUAUGAAAUGCCAUACAUUGCUGGUGCUAGUGAGACCCUCUCCUCACAUGCACCUGUACAAUCAAGAUCCUUAGUUCAACAUGAAGAUAUUUCUGUUCCACUUGAAGCAGUUCCCAGGAUAUCACAAAGAGUGUUGUGUUCUGCACCAGUGCCCACUGUUAAUACAGCGACUUUCCAGUUCCCUUCCUUUACUUCUGUACGUUACAUAACACCAUCUUUGCCUACCUCUAAGCAAAGUUCAAAACAAGCAAUGCAUGAUUCUUCAUUCCCUCAGAAAAUGGAGGAAACCAGGACAAAGUCAGAAACAGAGCCGCUGAUAAAGUAUUACUAUCAACAACCACCAUCAGACACUUCUGUUGUGCCACCUGAAUCUGACAAUUUGACUCAUUGUUAUAGUGAUACGGCGGUUCCUGUGUCUGGCUCUGACAGAAUAUCAAAAAGAUUUAUUUCAGAACCUAGUGUCACUAUCUCAUAUGGCCAGUUUCCUACUAUACACCCUCUACAAACUACAGAAUCAUCCUCUUCCGCCUCCUUCUCUAAGGAAAGUUCAAAGGAAGCAGUACUGUAUUUUCCAUUGUCUCAGAAAAACACAGUUUCUUCCCCUCCCGUGACACCUGUUACCUCACAAGAAGUGGCUACACAUCAAAUAUCUGAUGUAGAAUGCUGCUGUGUUCCUACUAAGGAUGACCCUUCUGUUCAGACUGAAUAUGAUGCAGAAAAACAAGCUCAAGAGACUGUUUCUUCUGAUGAAUCUUCUGCUUGUGAUGAAACAACUGUUGUCCGCCUUCACAUUAAGUAUACACCUUCUGUGUCACCUUUACCAAGCAAACAUAGUGCCAAACAGAAGUUAUUGGAAACACAGAAUUUUUUUCCAGGUCCCCAAGAGACCAUGUCUGUGGAGGUGUAUUCUAAAUUAAUAUUAAGUUCUCCAAAGAGACAGCUCCAGUCUCAGGGCAAGAUACCCAAAGAGGGCAAACGAGACGUCGGUUACCAAGAAGCAGUUUCUGAAUCUCAGGAUGCAGCUGUUGCAAGGUUAGAAGACAUCAUGACAUGAAGAAGAGGGCUACAUUACUUUAAAACACUCCAAAACGUGCCCAUCCUUCAAACCAAUUUAUUCAGUGCUUGAACAUUCACCACAUGUAUGCAAGCUGCAACAAUUACAAAGUUAAAUUUAGAACUGGCAUUUCAACCUGUACUCUUCUUCAGAAGUAGUCUGAAAUACAAAAUAUAUGACUGAGGCUAGUUAGUGAGAAAUGACUGGCUGAGAGCCAAGGUAAAUCUUACACUUGGUUUUGGCAUUUUCUUCCUGUGUUCAUUAUGCCAGAAUGAAUCAGUGACACAAACACAUUGCAUUCCAUUUACUGAUAAUGACCACUGAAAUGCAAUAACCAAUAUUGACCUUGGUGCCUAGCAAUGCUGAGGUCUGAAUGUUUCAUAUUUCAUGUUAUUCUGAUGUAGACCAUAGGUAAAAAGUGUAAGUUCUAAACUUUUUUUGUAUUUGCAGUAUGUAUUCAUGCCCAAUGUUACAUUUUCUGUCUCAUAACUGUUUUGCUGUAGUUGUAAAAUAAAAAAUAGAUACAAACUUAAUGUCAACCGCCACAGCGAUAAAAAAGAAGAAGUUUAAUGGUGGGGCUACCACUUCAUCAGACCAAAUAAAAUAUCAAAAACACAAUCAGUAUAAAUACAAAUGCAACAGCCAAUAAAAAAGCAAUACCAAAAGAUAAACCAAAUAAAACAAAAAAUUAACUAAAUUAAAAUUAAUUAAUAAACUGUCGCCUCCCCUUCAGAAGAAGUUUAACUGGUAGACUGUAAUUCAAACCAGGCAUCCUAUGUGCUUGGAGGGCCACAAUCCAUUUAAGUUCCACUCUGUCAAUGUAAUUAUUAAAAUAACCACCCCUCUUAGGGGGCAUCUGCUGUUAAUACUAUAUAUGGUAGGAAGGACACUUUUCCUUGCCAUAGUUGCUGACUGUGCAGGUUUUUUGCUUCUAAUAUUUUUUUUGUCAUCCCAUUUCUAGACAGAUAUUUUUCACCUAGGUUUUUUGCUAAGUGCAGGAGUAGUAACUUAAUACACCUGGCUACCUGUUGCAAAAUGUUCCUGUUUUUAUGUGGGCAAGACAACACGUCAACGUAAAGAAUAUAUCUUGGAACACACCAGCUAAAUUCAUAAUAAUGUAUUGACCAAUGCACUAGCAAGCCAUGCCUUUUUUUGUUUGGGACACAGAAGGUUUAGUUUCAGGGUCCUACAGUUGGUUUCACAGAAUAUAAGGGGUGGUGAUUUUAAUAAUUAUAUUGAGAGUGGAAUUUAAAUGGAUUAUGGCCCUCCAAGCACAUAUUUUAUUUGGUCUGAUUAAGCGAUAGCCUCACUAAAGCACUCACCAUUAAACUUUUCUUCUUUUUUAUCACUGUGGUAGUUGACAAGUUUGUAUCUUUUUUUUGUUAGC